AAAAUUUUGUUUUUAAUUAAUAAUGCCACUUCAAUUUACAUUCUCUCCCUGAAAAGUAAAAACUCUCUUGCGGCUGUCUACGGCCACCACCAACGGUGCGACCUUCCGACUGGUUCUGUAGUGAAUCAUAGCCGUGAAGUUCCAAAUUCCAACAGCCCAAUAGAAUAAAAAUUAAUGGCACAUCUUCAUCAAACCUACGAUCCCUAUUACCAGCUGCAGCAACCACCACCCUUACCACCACCGCCUGACCGGAACGGAAUUAACACGCUUUUCGUCUCAGGACUUCCAGACGAUGUCAAGCCACGGGAGAUUCACAACCUCUUUCGCCGACGCCCCGGUUUUGACUCUUGCCAGCUCAAGUACACCGGUCGUGGCAACCAGGUUGUUGCAUUUGCUACCUUCUUCAAUCACCAAUCAGCAAUUGCCGCUAUGCACUCUUUAAACGGUGUAAAAUUUGAUCCUCAAACUGGGUCCACUCUGCAUAUAGAACUUGCCAGAUCAAAUUCAAGGAGGAAACGUAAACCAGGGAGUGGAGCCUAUGUGGUUAUUGAUAAACGAACACAACAGACCUCUAAUGCCCAAGAAACAUCAAGUGAUGAUGGAGCCAGUGACUCUGAUGAAGCACCUGCAGCUGGCAAUGUUGGUUCAGCCAACCAGGGUGACUUGGUGAGCUUAAAAAGUGAGGCAGCUGGUGAUCCUGACAGUGCUGUAGUAGCUGCAUAUGAGCAGUUAGAAAAGUCUGCAGAAGGAGGUGUUAAUCCUUGUUCCACUUUGUUUAUUGCUAAUCUUGGUCCAAAUUGCACUGAAGAUGAACUAAGGCAAACUCUCUCACAAUAUCCGGGGUUCAAUGUGCUGAAAAUGCGUGCUAAAGGUGGUAUGCCAGUUGCCUUUGCUGAUUUUGAGGAAAUUGACCAAGCUAAGAAAACCAUGGAGGAACUUCAGGGUACCUUGUUACCAUCAUCAGACCGAGGCGGCAUGCACAUAGAAUAUGCCAGGUCCAAAAUGAGGAAACCCUAGCAGGGAGAAAAUUAAGCUACAAUUUUACACUGCCAACAGAGAACCGUCUGCUUAAUGCAACAAUUUUUUUGUAACUUUUGCCUCAAGUUCUUUUAUCAGGGAUGAAGGAAAACCGAGAAAUUUCCAUUUGCAGAAAGCCAAUACCAACUGCUUUAAUGGUUUUUCAUUUGCUCUUAAACAAGCAAAGUUGCUUGUGCAUUGCGGUGGGUUUAUAAAUGAAAUCCUUUUUUUAGUUUCUCUCUUCAUUUUGCAAUGAUUAGCAAUACUUUGUAAAAUGAUAUGACUCUAAUUAUGAAUAUACAACAAUGAUGUAAGAUUAAUCAUCUUUCGAUAGGUUGUUUCAUUUCCUCUGGAUUGGAUGAUCGUUAUUCAUUAUGCAUAAUCAAGCAACAAAAUAUGUUUAGGUA